CGUAAUCGAGCAACGAUGGCACCCCCGCGCCUCCAUUCCUGGGCCCUGCUGCUGUUGCUGAUGGCGCUUUCGGCCUUGGCGGCCCCUACCAUCGAUGUAGAGGAGGAAGGGGGGAAGUUGCCAUGCCAUAAAAACUCCAGGCGCAAAUCCACGCUCAAGGCUCUGAAGGAGACCCCUUUCAGCGGCCUUUUCGCCGAACUGCGCAACAGCACCGUAUUUGAGGCCAGCGCCGUGGCCCGCGUGCGCGGCAAGUUCUACGUAGUGUUUGACAACGCCAUGAGCGUCGGCUUCUUGGACGAGCGCUUCCAGUUCAGGGAUCCCCAGAACAAGCUGAUCGGGGAUUGGGAGCCAGAGAGCCAGUUUGAGGGGAUCGCCUACAUGCCCGAGUCGGACACUUUCCUGCUGCUGCACGAGGCUCUGCCCGACAAGGAGGAGGUCGGCGCCUUCAAGCCCUUCAUCCAGCACGUCAAGAUCAAGCCCGACAUGAGCGACUACGAGACGAUCGAGACGUGCAAGGUGGAGUUCCACCUGACGCACGAGAACAAGGGCUUUGAGAGCAUCCAGUACCUUUUCACCCCCAACGGCGCCUACCUGCUGGGCAUGUGCGAGGGCAACUUCUGCGUGGGCGGCUCCGAGGGCAAGAAGCCGGGCAACGGGCGCAUCGUGGUGUCGCAGCUCAAGACGACAAAGGAGGGCGGGUGCGUGUGGGAUCCCAUGAAGGUGAUCAACAUACCUGAGUCCGCCUACUUCAAGGACUAUGCGGGCAUGGCCUAUAAUUACGACACCCGCAAGCUGGCCAUCCUGAGCCAGGAGGAGGCGGCCAUCUGGGUGGGCGACUUCCACGGAGACAAGCUGGAGUUUGCCAGCCAGGAGGGCCAAGUGUUCCACCUGCCGCGCGACAACCACUGCGAGAUCGUGUACUGCAACGCGGAGGGCAUCACAUGGAUCGACCACUACCGCAUCGUCAUCGCCUCAGACAAAGCCAAGAGCUACCAGCCCUUCUGGUGUGACACCAAGGACCAGUCCAUCCACCUCUUCGCCAUGCCCCGCGCCUGGGACCCCUACGCCACAGCUGAGGAGUCGGCGGCGCGCAUGGCGGCAGAGGAGGCGGCAGAGGA